CGAGCGCUCAGCCUGACCGGGAAGCGGAGGGGCCGAGCCGCGCUCUCCCGGCCGGCUGCUCGGUGUGCGCUCGCUGAACGCUGCAAGGCCAAGCCCCAGCACGGUCCCAGCUGGGGGAAGCGGCCCGGGUCUCCCGCUGCGCGCUGAGGUGAACGGUGAACCGCCCCGAGCGAGGGGCGUGCGGGGAGAGGCUGGCGUGUUAGCGCAGCCCUGGCGCCUGGGAGCCUGGUCCCAGCUUGUCACUGGGGGCCGUGGUUGAGCUGCCUGGCUUUGCUGUCCCCCCAAGCGCUGCUGCCUGUUUCGAGACACCCGGAUCCCUCGUGUAACCAGAGAGGGCUAGAGGCAGGAUGAGCAUGUUCUGACAUGGCAUUGCAGUGCAAGACUCAGACUCUUCAAGUGGUAGACACUGAGUACAGUGCAGAUGCUGUGGAGUGGUGCCCUGUGGAAGGCUGGCAUAGCAUCCUGGUUUGUGGCACCUACCAGCUAAAGAAACCUGAUAGAAAGCCUGGUGUAAACCCCAGUGAGAGUGAUGAGCCCCACACACGUCUGGGUCGCCUCUACAUGUAUCACUAUAGUGAAGAGCAGCCUUUCCUCCCACUGACUGAAAUUCAAAGGAUUGAAACUGCUGCCAUCCUAGACAUCAAAUGGUGCCACAUUUCCGUCGCACAACAUCCCAUGUUGGGCAUUGCAAAUGCCAAUGGAACUGUGGAGCUCUGCCACCUGACUGGAAGUGAGAAGAACAGCUGCAUGUUGGAGCCACUCUGCAGUGUUGAUUUAGGAGCACAAUGCAUUGCUUUGUCUCUGGACUGGUCCACAGGACGGGAGCAGUGUGGGCACCCACUGAGAGUAAUCAGCAGUGAUUCAAAGGGGAAGCUGAACCUACUUUCAAUAGAUGAGUCUGCUCCUUCCGUGCACAUUCUUAGCCAGUGGAAGGCUCACAACUUUGAGGCCUGGAUUGCUGCUUUUAAUUACUGGGACACAGACAUUGUGUAUUCAGGUGGAGAUGACUGCAUGCUGAGGGGCUGGGACACCAGGUGCUGCCCAGAAAUGCCUAUCUUCACCAGCGAGAGACAUUCAAUGGGCGUGUGCAGCAUUCAGUGCAGUCCACACCGGGAGUAUCUUCUGGCUACAGGAAGCUAUGACGAACAUGUUCUCCUAUGGGACACCAGGAAUAUGAAGCAGCCAUUGGCAGACACCCAUGUUGAGGGUGGAGUUUGGAGGCUGAAGUGGCACCCAACACGGGAGCACUUGCUGUUGGCUGCUUGCAUGCAUAAUGGAUUCAAAAUCCUUGACUGCCAAGGAAGUAUGGCAGAAAACACUGAGGAAUGCACUGUUGUGUCAUCCUACAUCUUGCAUAACUCCUUGGCUUAUGGAGCUGAUUGGUCAAGACUCUCCCUAAGGGAUUCCUUGGCUGCAAAACAGGACCCACUUUCUGCACCCGAGUUGUCUGAGGGACCAGUGGCAAGUUCGGAUCAAGGAGGCAAGAAACUGGAUCUGCAAAUCCAGAACCUGAAGAUAGUUUAUGAAUCUCCUACAGCUACUUUUGAUGUAUUGUUAGACGAGGAGGGUGAAGGCACCAUCUCCCAGGUCAGACCAGAGAGUGGUUCUGAUCCUCAUUCUCAGUGUCGUGAUGGAAGGGGAUUGGACAUCAAGCGUGAUCAAACUGAAUUAGCAAAGGGUCAGAGAGAGAGCAGCAUCCUAGCGACUUGUUCAUUUUAUGAUAACAUCCUACAUGUUUGGAAAUGGGAAACCAGUCAAAUCAACCCUUCAGAGUAAAAUAUUAAAUAUUAUUCCUAAUCUGAAACACAAUUUCACUCGAACAGCCUUGAAAAGUCCCUCUCUCUCAAAUGUCCCAGAGGGAAAGUAUAGGAGACUUUUUUGUAUUGAGAACGGUAUCUGCAGCCUAUGCCCAGUAUAACUUCCACUGGGGUUUUUCCAGUUUUAUUGCCUGGGAGCUCAUAGCUCCUGAAUUUCUGAAGACCUGUACCGUUAAAUUAAGGCAACUACAUUCUUAGUGUUUUGUGUCUAACUCUGACUAAACCAAAAUGAAUAGUCUCUGCUGCCUUUGCUGAGGGACAUAGUAAAACAUAGGUGCUUCUACUUGGCUGUCCUUUACUGUUGUGAUUCAGAGUGACAGUGGUGCAUUUCAGGGGAUGCUUCUUUAGGCAUGAAAUAUACCUCCCUUGACAACUAGUCUGCGUUUGUAAGUCUUGCCUCCAAUUCCAGAGUUGUGGGUGGGUGCCACCUUUCUUUGUCCCUCUCUCCCAACAAAAUCCGCCCCAUCUCACAUCAACCAAACCUUGCUGCAGCACUAAAUUAUAUAUGCACACUGUUACAUAAUAACCACAAAAUUUGGAUUUGAACGUUCAAGGGUUUUAUAUGGGUGUUUAAAUACAAGCAUAGGUCACUGGCUUGUUUUGUAAACUGCCAUAUGCUGUGAGGACAUGCUGCACAGGGAACAUGUUUAUAGUGACUUUGGAUACAGAGAAAUUCCUUUUAGAAUGAAAUCCCAGAUUGUCUCAGUGUACAUGACAGAACAGAUUGCAAGUGAAGUUGUGUACUGAAAAGUGUCUUUAUCAUGAGAAUUCUGCUGUGGCUGCAUAUGUGUAAUUUUACACCUAAUUUACUGCAUGAGUACAAGUUGAUUUUCAGGUUAUCACUUGUCAACAAACACCACUUGGUUUUGCAUGAUCACACAGUGAAUCUCAUUGUAUAUUAUUGCUUGCAGCAAAGAAACCCUUUAAAAAAGCAAACUCUGCAACAAACCCAUAUCCAGAGAGUGAGACCUAUAAUAUGAGACUAGGGUCAAAUCAGAUUUAAAAAAAAGGUGCAAGUUUUUCAGCUUAAAUCUUAUAACCCUCAACCCGUUGGUAGCACUUCCUGAUGUUCUUUAAAAAUAUAAAAUUAUUAAUAAUGCAAUCCUAAAUAGGAUGUCUCCAGAAUUACUUGAGGUUGCCCUGUUGGAUUCUUACUAUGAAAUACCAGUAAAGCACUACAUUAAUGGGGCACUACCCUGGUGUUCCUGAUUACCAUCAACCAAAACCCAGCUUAAAAUAACUUCUAUCUUGGAUGGUUUUUCUUUGAGAAUCUUAAUGAAUCAUUAGCCUAGAAGGGAAGAAACACCAGCAGCAACUAUAGUUUUUGUAAUAGUAAAUACAUAUAGCUAUUAAAACCAUGUACAGAAAUAACUAAUCUUAAUGUGCAAACCCUUGUUUGAGGGUACCAUGUGUAUUUUGGCACACCUCUUAUUUUGAGUGCUGUUUUAUGGAGAUGCAUAUCAGCAUUGUGAACAAAAGUUUUUGUUAAAAAAACUAUUUUUGGAUGUUUCUAAAAUAAAAAGUUUAAGUGAGUUAUGUCUCUCUUCUUAUUUAUCAGUUGAAAAGUUCCAAGGAAACUCAAAUAUAUUGGUCCUGUUCUGUGGUAUCUGCUGCUGGAUUGCACAGACAGUUUAGAUUAUUGUUAAACAGAUACCCACCAAGCAACACACACACUGUUGCUUUUAUUUUGCAUGUGGGAUGAUGCUGUUGCUGAGAACCAAGACUGAAGAACAAGAAACCAUCUGGGAUUAGUCUACCAAAUGCGAAAUGAUGCUGUCUGAGAGGUAGUGAGAAGAAAUGAAGAAUAGAAUUGGAGGGAUGACAGAUUUUUGGAUGAAAAUGUGCUAUAGAAGGGAGAAGUAUUUAUUAUGCAGACUAGCUGUGAUUCUUGACCAGAAGAUGACUUUUAGAUGAGAUUAGCACAGUAUGUUCAUUUUUAAAGCUAUGGAGUCAAACUAUAUUUUUGUUAGGUGAAAUCCAGCUAUACCAGUGUGGGUUUGUUCCGUACAAUUGUGUUAGCAAAUCUACAGUUAGGUGGCCCAAGUGCCAAGUUUCUGACUGUUACCCUCAUUUACAGUAUUAACAUUUUGUGUUUAAUGUAGCUAUUAAAAAGACAUUCCCUUUCUUGAAGAGUUCACUGCCUGACUGACAAUGAUCAAGAUAGGACUCCGAGAACAACAUCUGGAAAGAAAAGGAUGCAGAAGGUAACUUAGUAUACAUUGUUCAGUUUAACAGAGAUUUGCUGUUGGGGAAACUACCCCUUUCUCCAUCCCUGCUAAUAAUUAUAUCCCUCCCUACUAUCCAAAAUAAUCUGAGUCAACUUCUGCACCCUGCUGUCUAGUGGGUUACUGAUAGUGAUCCUCCUCAGAGGGUGGACAUUUUGCUCAGCAGCUAGCUUACUCUGUCUGUAGCUUCCAUUAUGAGUUUAACAGUCUAAUCCCUAUAUUGACUGGCUCCUAUAUUCAGCCUUUCAGUUCUUUGCCUCCUCAUCCUUAAGUUGCUGUAUAGCCUGUGAUGGCUUUGUCUUCCAAGAGCUGCAGCAUUGUUGGAAUUCCUACUGUCCUUAGUGCAUUGAAUAGUAUCAGUUAAAUUCAAUGACACUAUUCUUGUAGGGCUAGAAGAAUUUUGCCUUUAAUCUAAUUUGAAAGGACUUCAAUACUUUUUCAUUGGCAUGUCAGUGACUUUUAAGAGCUUGUAGCGCAUUUGGAGCUAGUGAAGCUUUGCUAGUGUUCACAGAAUGUGCUUGCAUCUACAUAAUUUGCUAGACUGGAAAGUGCUUUGUAUUGUUCGGUCUUACAAAAAACACUUGAUGAAUCCAUAACAUACGUCCAACCAUUUCAGGCUUAUCCCAGGAUAGCUGUGAACUGAAAAAACAUUCUAGGUAACAUGCAUUUCCCAGGACCCUUGUGCUUCAGAACUCCUGAGUGGAGAUGGGUGAUUGGAUUUUUUGUAUGUUACUGGCUAUUCUGAAAACAUUGUUUCAGGUUGAACCCAAACAAACUGUUCCAAAACUUUUGCUGAAUCAAAAAUUCCGAUUUUGGGCAUUCUGACAUGCAAAGGAGUAGUAGAUUGAUAAAAUGGCCAGAGCAUGAGGACUCUCAUUAUAACCGUUAGCCUACUGGUUGCAAUGUUUCCCCAAUGCUGGGUCCGAACUAACAAUGGGAUGUGGGAAGGGUCAAUGUGGUGCCCCACAGGUGCUCCCCAGCUUUCCAAUGGGCAGCAGCAGCAUGAAGGAAAGCCUCUGAGAGACACAUGUGAAACAGGAACAGACUACUGACUCUAUUUGGCUCAAGCCACUUUCUCUGUACUGUUGCCUAGAUCCUGCUCUGGGCAGCAGGCAGUGGGGUGGAGAGGUAUCUGGGUACUAGUCACACAGAAGAAAUGGCAAGAGCCAGCAAGUGGACAGUCAGCAACCUGGAAGCAAUUGCAGUCCAGCUGUGAGGGGAUAGGAGCGGACCAGGACUGCAGGGAGAGCAAGAACAAAGGAGAGCCAAGCAGGUUUGGGGGCCAGAGGGCUGCAGGACUCAGUAGGAGGGACAGGACUAGGAGACAGAGGGGAGGGGGAGUAAUAAUGGUGGGUCCCCAAAAAAGACACAAUACAGGUGGUUGGUCACUUUAGUAAAAAGUUUGGGAGCUACUGGAUUCAGGUAUCAGAGGAGUAGCCAUGUUAGUCUGGAUCUGUAAAAGCAGCAAAGAAUCCUGUGACACCUU